AUGUCUGAGCCAAGCAUGUCGCAGAAUGAGCCAUCUAAUGGCGGCGAAAUCACACAGCAGACGGAGGAGGAACGGCUGGCGGCAUUGAAGGCAAAAGUCCAAGAGAUGGAGCAGGAGACUGCGAAAUUGCGCGAGCUCCAGCAGCAGAUAAGCGAGGAGGGUGCAGACCCUAACGUGUCGAUGGAGGACGCGGACUCGCAUCUGGACUUUGCAGAGCGCGAGGCAAUCGACUCGCGCUCGAUAUACGUGGGCAGUGUGGACUACGCGGCGACGCCAGAGGAGCUCCACAGCCAUUUCCAGGACGUUGGCAGUAUCAAUAGAAUCACGAUCCUCACAGAUAAAUAUACAGGCAACCCGAAAGGGUUUGCGUACAUUGAGUUUUCGGAGCCUGCACUAGUGCAAAAGGCGAUCGAUGAGAAGAACAGGUCGCUUUUCAGAGGCCGAGAGCUCAAGAUCAGCCCCAAGAGAACAAAUCUGCCAGGAAUGGGCAGCAAAGGCAGAGGCCGCGGGCGAGGCGGGCCCAGAGGCAGAGGCGCGUUCAGAGGUAGAGGCAGAGGGUUCCGGGCCAGGGGCAGGGGCGGUUUCAGACCUUAUUAA